AUGUUCAAUUUGGGCGUCCAAAGAAGCAUCAUCGACGGUGAGGUUCCAGUCAUGGCAGACAACGGAAAGAUCGAGGUUGAUGAGUUUGCAGGAUCAGUGGAGGGGAGAAAAACCGGGACGGCCACAAUAUUCACAUGUAGUGUAAACGAGGAUGCUUUUUAUAAGGUUGUGCUGAAGGCAAUGGCUAUGGUGAAGGUGAGGCUUCUAGCGACCAAGGCUUCUUACGAGGUUCCCUUCUCCUAUACGCAGCGCGUAACUCUUGCUGGCGGGAAAAUAAUUACCAACGACAUGGAUGAUGGGGUUUACUGUGGCACCAAUACCUUCAACUUCAAGUUCGAGACUACAGAAGAAAAGCUUUAA